AUGGUCAAAAAUAUUGAGGAUUUGACAUCAGUUUUUGCCGCCGAUAUUGAACGGCGUGCGCUUGCAGCCAGGCCGAAACGGGAAGGGCAGCAGGUCCGCUUUGACGACACUCCUGCUCUUCCGAGCUACUCCAGUGCAGCUGGUGGGGCCGCGAUGGAAGAAUCUCCGAUACCAUCAGACACCACGCAUCGAACAUUGGCAUCGCAUCCACGGGCUCCAGAUCCAGCAAGGCCACUGACGCAAGCGACGCAAGCGACACUGCAGGCUGAUGGCGAACCAAGGUUGAGGGCCACCGGUGACGUUGGCAAAGACCAACAUGCAGGUUGACGGAAAAGAGCUG